AUGGAAUUCCAGUUUGAUACUGACCAAACCACAUCAUCACGAAUCCAAAGUUCAGAAAAGCUCGCGGCGUUUAGCCAGCUCCAGAGCUUCGAAUCUGGCUGCACAGCGCUUUACGCUUCCUUUGACCAGAGAGGCCUAUUCAGCUGGUUCUACGAAUCUCCUUCACAUACUCCCGCCUCAGCCGCUUCCGGCCCCUCCAACCUUUCUACAAGCAUCGAAUCCGUACCUUCUACGAGCAUCCCGACUCCUACAGGCUCCGUCACACACCAUUCCUCGACCCCAUCUAGUGCCCAGAUCACUCACGAGAAUAUUCCUCAAUCCCUUCAAAGCAACGAAUUACCCUCGAGGCUUCCAGGCUUAGGUUUACAUACCGAUCGUAGUGAGACUGUUCAGCUUGGAUCCCGCCCGACUAACCGCCGCCGUCGUCGGGAACGAACUCCUCCUGAUCAACCUGAGAGGCCCGGGUCGAGGUCUGGAAAUAUUGGUAGACGCAGACAUUUGGCUGAAGAGCAAAGUAGGGGUCGCAACAGGGACGACAUUCCUCCUUCCCCCAAGCGCAGGCGCCUGGCUGAUAGCAACAUGCGUCCCGACGAUGGAGCUUCAACUUCAAACGCAAACGGGUUUUCUCCCAAAUCAAAUGGCUCAGCCGCUUCCUUGAAAGCCCCUGUUUCCACCUCAGUUAACGGCAGAUCUCCUCAUUCCAGUUCUAAUGGCCAAUCCCAAGCAAAUGGUUCGGGCAAAUCACCCGCAUCUCUGUCACCUACAUAUUUUGGCCAUGAUCGGGAGGAGGUGACGAGGAUCCUGAUUCAAAGCUUACAUGAUCUGGGAUACAACGAGGCUGCGUAUACUCUGAGCCGGGAGUCUGGGUUUGAGCUUGAAAGCGUCGCUGCGGCUUCAUUUAGGUCAUCAGUACUUGAUGGACGGUGGGCAGAUGCGGAGGAUAUUUUGCUGGGCUCGUAUCAUCCAGAUGGAGGAGGAAAUGGGGCCAGUGGAGGGGAAUGUGGAGGCGGAGGGAAGGCUAUUCUCCGUAAGGCCGACACCGAUCUGCUUUCUGAGCAUGGCCCUCUUGUUUUAGCUGAGGGGGCAGAUAGAAAUGAGAUGCUCUUCUGUUUAAGGCAACAAAAAUUCCUCGAAUUGCUAGAGCAACGAGAUCUUGGAACGGCAUUGAUGGUUCUCCGGCAGGAGUUGACGCCGUUAAACCACGAUAUCGCUCAACUACAUGCACUCUCCAGUCUUUUGAUGUGCCCCGCAGAAAAUUUACGAGCGCAAGCGGGUUGGGAUGGCACAGUACUGCAAUCACGGCAGAGGCUACUAGGCGAGCUAUCAAGAUCUAUAUCGCCUGCUGUUAUGAUUCCCGAUCACAGAUUAGCAGCUCUACUGGACCAAGUUAAACAGACUCAGAUCAACCAAUGUCUAUACCACAACACCGCUGAACCCCCUUCACUUUAUUCAGAUCACCAGUGCGACCGAGCCCAAUUCCCUUUGCGAACAUCCUUCGAACUGAGUGAACAUACGGAUGAGGUCUGGUAUCUCGAAUUUUCCCAUGAUGGCACCAAACUUGCAACGACUGGCCGUGAGAACAUCGUGAUCAUAUACGAUGUUGCAACUUUCAGCGUCAUCCACAGACUAACGGACCAUGGCGGCCCAGUUGCAUAUGCAACAUGGAGUCCUGAUGAUUCCAAGCUCAUCAGCUGCUCUCAGGAUUAUAAAGCUCGGCUGUGGGAUGUGGAAACUGGGCAUUGUAUCCUUACCAUCGAUCACCAUCAUGAGCCAGUAACUUCUGCCGCAUGGGCACCAAAUGGUGACUCCUUCGUCACCGGCUCCCUUGAUUGCCAAUCCCAACUCUGCCAUUGGAGCGUGGCAGGCGAAUCCCUCUACAAGUGGACCGGCCAAUACAGAGUACGAGACUGCGCCAUAUCUCCCGACGGCCGUCGACUCAUCGCCAUAUCCACGGAGAAAAGGAUCUACGUCUACAAUUUCGAGACUCGAGCCGAGGAAUAUAAUAUGUCCAUAAAACUCGACCUCACAUGCAUUAAUAUAAGCCUGGAUUCGAGAUAUAUGUUACUAAACACCUCGGAAUGCGAAAUGCAGUUGUUAGACAUCGAAACAAAGGAAGUUGCCCGACAGUAUUUGGGGCAGAAGCAAGGGAACUAUAAUUAUAUUAUCAGAAAUAGUUUUGGUGGAGCUGCGGAGAAUUUCGUCGUGAGUGGUAGUGAAGAUUCCAAAAUCCACAUCUGGCACAAGGAGAAUUCGACGCUCGUUGCAACACUUCAGGGCCACGGUGCAGGUUGCGUCAAUGCUGUAUCGUGGAAUCCAAAGGAUCCCGGAAUGUUCGCUUCUGCAGGGGAUGACCGAAAAGUUCGAAUAUGGACAAGAGAUCCACCAACCCGCACACCCGUUUCUGGGAAAGUACGGAUGGUACCAUCGAACGGUUCGGCACGGACAAGCGCGCUCCGGUCUACAUUCAAUCGAUCCCCGAACUUCUAAGCUAGUCAAAUCGUGCUAUACCUGUGCGAACGCGCUCCUGAAUAUUCGAGAUAGAUAAAUAGUGGCUCUCGCUCCCUUGCAUCAAAUCAUAAUUCAACCACAUACAUGAUUACGCCAUCCCCUUCCAUGACAUCAGAAAACAGCCCGUUUCUCGGCCGUCUCCACUUUAUCUUUGUAUGAAUUGCAUUUGUUUAUUUUGGUGCAAUCAACAAAUCCAAGUAUCAAUGAAGCCAAGUAUUACCUCAUGAUAAAACACUGCCUCAAGCGCGCACAUGCACGGAGAGUCAUACAGAGAGAAUGGGGAGAAGGAGACCUAUCCCGCCACUCACAUCUCUCCAGAGACAAAUACACGGCAUCCGAUUGGAGAUUAUAUAUCUAUAUAUAUUCCUAUUUCCUUUAUC